UUCAUAUACCACUCAUUCAUUCAAUACUGAUCCACUCCUCCUCUCCCGUGUUCCAUUUCCGUCUUUCCGAUUGUUUCUUCGUUGUCGAAGCGGAUAACGCGUGUGCCGUGUGCCCAUAUUUUAUAAUUUUUCGCUUUAUUCAAAAAUACCAAUUACUAGUCCAAAUUAACGAUGGGCGUCGACGUCACAUUCCUAGCCGAAGGAGACGGUGCCACUUUCCCGAAACGAGGCCAAACCGUUACCGUGCACUACACAGGUACAUUAACUGAUGGCAAGAAAUUUGACUCGUCGCGCGACCGUAAUAAGCCUUUCAAAUUCAAGAUUGGAAAAGGAGAAGUUAUCAAAGGUUGGGAUGAAGGAGUGGCCCAGAUGAGCAUUGGUUCUCGUGCUAAGCUGACAUGUUCUCCAGAUUAUGCCUAUGGAGCCCUGGGACAUCCUGGUGUCAUUCCUCCAAAUGCUACACUGAUUUUUGAUGUUGAACUCAUCAAAUGCGAAUAAAAUUGUUCAAAACACAUGCUAUAAUUACUACUUAUAUUCUUGAACAAAAAAAUGCACCUUCAAGACUGACCAAUAUGUUUUUCCGUUCAAAUAACUUCAUUGCUAAAUAUUAUUGUGAAUUAGUGUUAAACAAUAUUAUCUUAACAGAUUUAUUUAGUUACUAAAUUGCCAAAAUUAUGUAUAAGUGAUUUCUAAUUAUCAAUGAAUAAUCUAUUACUAAAUAGAAUAUUAUUGCAAUGCGAUAAAUAUAUAACUUUUUUUCUUUUAAAACAAACAGAAUUAUAAUUGAAAACAUCAAUUAAU